AUGAAAACUACCUAUACCCAAGAAAUCAAUAAAAUCAUCAAGGAUCGCGAAAAGUCAAAUUGUACUUGGAAGGACAUUGCUACUGAGCUAAAUGAGCUUUAUCCUAGAGCGAAUCCUUAUAUUGCAAAGCUGGUCAAACAACAUUAUGUAGAAAAUCUUAAAAAUAAACAUGUUGAAGGUCCCUUAAGUGACAAAGAGAAAAGAAUCAUUGAUGAGUUGGGUAAACAUCAACUCCAAUUUUCUCCCACAAAAUUAGUGACCGAGUUGCAAAAGAGAACUGGUAAAUUACGGAACUUAACCAUCAUCAAGAAUUAUUGGUACCCCAAAAAAAUUAAAGAACAAAAAUUGGCUCAAGCUGAAAUAGAUCAAAGAAAGUUUGCUGCUGAAAUCACCGAAUAUUCAACCGUUAAUAUCGAUAAUAUACCAGCCCCACCUGUAUUGCAACCUAUGCAUCACCCAGCCCCACCUAAUUUAUUGCAACCUAUGCAUCACCCAGCCCCACCUGACGUAUUGCAACCCAUGCAUCAACCACAAUUUACUUUUCCGGACUUGACAUUAUUUGAACGUGAUAGAAAAUAA